AUGGCAAAGAAUAGGUACAGAAAGAUUACCAGCACUACACAAGCGGGAAAAGUGAGCUUUUUCUCUACACUUUUUUUCCAAUGGAUGAACAUUUUACUGAAGACGGGAAGUGAACGAGCUAUUGAUGAAAAUGAUCUUUUACCACUUGAAAAAGAAAAUACAUCUUGCUUUUUGGUAGAGGAGCUUCGGGCAAAAUGGGCUGAAGAAACAACUAAUAGCAAAAGAAAUGAUAUUAAACCAAAACUUUGGAAAAGUAUACUGAAGGUGCUAACUGCGAGGGACAUAAUGAUCCUCAUUUCAGCUAUGAGUGUCUGGACACUUUGUCGCAUUCUCCAACCACUGCUUCUUGGAUAUCUUGUGAAAUCCCUGAUGACAGCAGAGCUACACAAUAUGUAUCUUCUCUAUGGCAGUGCUAUCGCACUAGGGAUAAGUGAAUUCAUCUCUUCUGUUGGCAUGCACCACCUUAACUACCAGUGUGAGGUGCUGGGUAUCAGAGUAAGCAGCGCCCUUAAAGGAUUAGUGUAUAUGAAGGUAAUGAAAAAUGUGAAUUGUCAGAGGAGACCGUGCAUUAAUGCAUCCAUUAAAGUGUAUAUGACAAGAUUUUGUGUUUUGUGUCAUUAAGGAUGCAUGACUAUAACGAAGGAAUAGCAAAGUAAAUAAAGAUUAUGAUGAUGACAGGGGAGUUUUCGACAACGACAAUCAUUCUAUAUUCUUUCAAAUCAUUAUACGUCAUAGUUCAGUUAAUUUCCCUGCGCGAAAGGGCCGGACAUUUUUGAAGCACUGAUUCGCGUGUUUUAAAGACGUAAAAUAUCAUUAGGUUUUGCCAAGAUAGGAUAAAGGGGACAGAGAAGGCAUUCCCCAUACACAUCCUAUUCCAUAGGUAAUUCGUCUCGAGGUAUUUUUAAGACCAUAGAUCCCAAGGGGGAUUAGACAACAGCCAAUCACUUGGCGCGAAUGUGUUCCGCGUGGAUGACCCACGCUCAGAGCCACGCGUCCUUCAUGAAUUGAAGCAGAAAAAAAUGGCGGAAGACGCGGAGAGCGAUAUUGCUAUUUGUUUUGUCGACGAAAACGACUACAGAGAGAUUUCUGCUAAAGCUGUGUCAGUGAAACGGAAAUUAAAAAAGAAUCGCCCUUCCUCUCUUGUAUAGAGCUAACAGUACAGCAGGGAAAUCCUUAACACACUGAAUAUUCUCUCAGGGUCAUUUAUAAUUUACAGUUUGAAGAGAGCAAUUUCUGGUUUGAUAUUUAUUCUUUUAUUAGUCUUUUAUUAUUCAACAAAAAUAACACUUGGCGUCCUACUUGCUUUAUUGUACAAACGACCGGUUUCAAUAGACCGGCGAAAUUUCUUAUUUUAUUAAAGCACGGAGGUUACGACAACUUCGAGUUAAACUGAUUUCACGGGUUGUCAAAGAGUCCAGCGAUUCCUUUUUCCCAGGUGAGCGCCGACUCAUUUCGCUUCAAUAUUCAGAAAUGCUCCCGAUGUCUUUACGCUUUCUUUGCCUUUCGCCCGACAUGUUUUGCAUGGCGUUUAGUCAUGUGAAACCUCCACGAAACAGCCACGCAGCGCGCGUGGUAACUUUAUCCUGAUUCUAAAAAUAACUCGAGACGAAUUACUUAUGGAAAACGGUGUGUAUGGGGGAUGUCUUCUCUGUCCCCUUUAUCCUCUCUUGGUUUUGCAAGAUUUUUUACUAGUUGAAAAUUUCGGAUACAUAUUAUAAACAUACUGAAGAAUCAGAAACGACAAAAAGUCUCUCCUUCUCCAUUUUCAGUCUUAUUCUUUACGCUGCUGAGCGUGAGAGGAAAAGACAAAUAACGUCGUUCAAACGUCGACGACGACGAUGAUGAUGGUAAUGAGGAUGAUGAGCUCUAAAACCCGUCCUUGUUACUAUUUCGCUUGAGCAAAUGUCCACAUUUCAAUAAUAAUACUGAUGAGGAGGUGAGAUAAACCCGGUUAGCCAACCCAGUUAACUCAACUGGCUCGGGCCCCAAAAAGAGCUUAUGAGUCUGACGGCUAAUAUGAAAAGGCGCUGAGAUAAGAAGGUCAUUGAUUAGGUGGGGACACACUCAAAUUCGUUAUUGGGCGAUCGCAAAUAAAAGUUAAGAACCUAUGAUAGAGAACGUUUGUUCAAAAUCAAACUGGAAAUAUAAGUAUAACUUAACGUUUUGUCCUUUUAAAUCAAAAUAGAUACAUAACGAAACAUAUCGAAACACGAAGUGCACUGCAUUAGUAUAAUUUUUACGACACUCUUCGGUCUUUGUCUGGCUUUGCGUUGUUCGUUGGGGAAAAGUCGCUUGUGAAAAAGCUCCUCUUUUACAUAACAACUUCAUGUAAAGACAAAUAUACGAUCUCUGGCUUUCUCUUGCAGACGCUUCUUCUCAGCAAGGAUUCAUUGCUAAGACUUUCAUCUGGUCGAGUUAUUGAUCUAGUAUCGAACGAUGUUCAGCGAUUGGAGGGCGAUACGUUUUUGUUUCUUGUUGAUGCAGCACGAGGUAUUAUAGAGCUACUAAUAGUAACAUUUUUAUUGGUCUAUUUUAUCGGAUGGCAGGCUGUAAUGGGCAUUAUCUUACUGUGUAUAACUCUACCAUGUUACCUUGGGUUCGCCCAUGCUGGAGCAGUACUGCGCCUGCGUACAGCAGAGGUUUCUGAUCGCCGCAUCACGUUGAUCAACCAGGUUGUUACUGGAAUUCGCGCCAUCAAAACAAAUGCAUGGGAAGAUGAAUAUAGAAAAAAGAUAAAGAACACACGAAGGUAA